UCUAAGACUUUUUCUGAAAUAUGCCAAAUCCAUCAAAUACUCUUCACUUCCCCUCAAUUUCCCUUUUCUCUCUCACCUUUCUUCACUUGUCUGUUAAUAAUUGCAGGGCCAAGAUAUAUAUGCAAAGAGCCCACAAGCCGGACUCCACAAUCCGACCCACCGAUCCCUGUUUGCUUUACUGUUGAUUGUAUAAAAAAUAGUUGGAGUAAAUCGAAGGAUUAUUUGAUGGAGGUUCGAGGUGAGGAUGAUGUUCAAUCACGUCAUCGUCAAGAGCAGCAGUCUCCGCCCACCCCAUCGUCGAAGCAAGUCAAAUCUUCUCCUAAUCCUGUUGAUACCAAUUCUGUUACCCAAAGGUUGCAGAAGGAGCUCAUGGCUCUCAUGAUGACUGGAGGCGACCUGGGAGUAUCUGCCUUUCCUGAAGGGGAGAGCAUAUUUACUUGGAUUGGCACUAUUGAAGGUGGCAGAGGAACCAUGUAUGAGGGUCUAUCUUACAAGCUAUCCCUGCGAUUUCCACUCGAUUAUCCUUUUAAGCCUCCUCAAGUUAAGUUUGAGACAAUGUGCUUCCACCCAAAUGUCGACCAGUAUGGGAAUAUUUGUUUGGACAUCCUUCAGGAUAAAUGGUCUUCAGCAUAUGAUUGCAGAACAAUACUUUUGUCAAUCCAGAGUCUAUUAGGAGAACCAAAUACCGAGAGCCCUCUCAACAGCUUUGCUGCUUCACUUUGGAAAAACCAGGAAGAGUACAAGAAAAUGGUGCGCAAACAUUACAUGGCUGGAGAAUCAUUCGAGAACUGAUCCUCAUGAAAUCUCAUACUACAGGAGUACCAGGCUGCAUUUCCUCCCAACAACAAUAAACUUCAUGAUGGAACACAACAUUUGUAGGAAAAGAGAUUAAAACCGCAGUUUGUUUCUCUUCUCUUUGUGACUCUGUAUUCAAAUCAUAUAAUUUUCAUACGUCCGCUGUAUAGUUGCAGGAUAUUUCACUGUCGGGUUCACUAUUUUAGUCCAUUUCUCCAGUUUUUUCUACUCAAUCAGAGGAGAUUACCUCUCGUCCUGUCCCCGAAUAGAUCAUUAUGUCCUAGCUGUUGAUUAUGAUCAUUGUCGGGCUUAUUUAUUUAUUUAUUUUGGAUUUGAAUGCGGAAUUUGUUC